AUGUUCUCAUGGCUUUUUAUCUCCGUGUUUCUGCAGAUGCCAACUUUCAUCUGGAGCCGUCUAACCUCUUUGUGCCUAGCCAAAUCAAAACACCAGUUAUACUAUGAUGGGGAUGUAGUGAUUGCUGCCUUUUUUCCCAUUUUUUAUUUCUGGCCACGGAGUAAAACAAUAGAUUGGAAAACAUUGUCUCUUGACACAGAAGAUGUGUUACAUAUUCGACCCUAUAACUACCAGCUUGUUUUGGCCAUGAUAUUUGCCAUCGAUGAGAUCAACAGAAACUCCCAUAUUUUGCCAAACACCUCUCUGGGACUUGAAGUAUAUAAUCUCCCACAUUUUGAAAGGAAUGUUCUGAAGAGUGUGUUCUACUGGCUCACAGGUUUGAGCAUUUUCAUCCCUAAUUACAGCUGCAGAAAAGAGAGCAAAUCAGCUGCUACACUUACUGGAAUAUCAUUGAAAACAUCUGAACUCAUUGGGAGAGUGUUGGAUCUUUACAGAUUUCCUCAGCUCACUUUUGGGCCUUUUGAACAUAAUCUGAAUGACCGAAGCCAGUUUCCAACUCUGUACCAGGUGGCCCCCAAAGACACAUCUCUGAUCCAUGGCAUUGCCUCUUUGUUGCUUCAUUUCAACUGGACCUGGGUGGGACUCUUCCUCAUAGAUGACCACAAAGGUACUCAGUUUCUAUCAGACUUGAGAAAGGAGAUGGACAGAAAUAGACUCUGCAUAGCUUUUGUAGAAACACUGACAGUCAUGGGGGAAUCAUUAUAUUAUAUCUACUUCCACGCUCAGGUACGUAUUCUGGAAUCAUCAGCAAAUGUAGUUGUCAUUUAUGGAGACAUUGCUUUUUUAUUGAAUACAGUAGUAAAUGGAUGGAACAAGCAUAUGACAAGAAAAGUUUGGGUCAUGAACUCAAAAUGGAGUGGACAAAACUUUCACAAAUAUAACAUGUUAGAUUUAUUCCAUGGUAGUCUGACUUUUUUACCUCAUCAUGGGGAGAUUUUUGGUUUCACACAAUUUAUUCAGGAAGCCACGCCUACCAAGUACCCAGAAGAUAUUUAUCUUCAUUUCUUUUGGAAUUGGUUUUUCAAUUGCUCAUUUUUGGAUUCUAGUUGCAAAAUCUUUAAAAACUGUUUACCAAAUGCCUCCUUGGAAUUGUUGCCAGGAAAUAUUUUUGACAUGGUCAUGACUGAAGAGAGUUAUAAUAUAUAUAAUGCUGUGUAUGCAGUGGCCCAAAGUCUCCAAGAGAUGACUCUCAAUAAAGUUCAAGUUGAACCACAGGCAAAUAAAGAUAGAAGUACAUUAUUCCCCUGGCAGCUUCACCCUUUUCUGAAGAACAUUCAAGUGAAAAAUUCUGUUGGUGAUCAUGUGUUUCUGGAUGGGAAGCAAAAGGCAGAUACAGAGUAUGAUAUUAAUAACUUUUGGAAUUUCCCAAAAUGUCUUUCACUAUUUGUGAAAGUGGGGACAUUUUCUCCAAGUGCUCCCAAGGGGCAACAACUGUUGAUAUCAGAAGAUAUGAUUCAAUGGCCCAUAGGAUUUGCAGAGAUUCCCCAGUCUGUCUGCAAUGAGAACUGCAGUCCUGGAUCCAAGAAUGUCAUCCUGGAGGGCAGGCCUUCCUGUUGCUUCGACUGCAUACCUUGCCCAGAAAAUGAGAUUUCCAAUAUGACAGGUAUGGAUCAGUGUGAAAAAUGUCCAGAAACUCAUUAUGCAAAUGCAGAGAAGAGACACUGCCUCCAGAAAACUGUGAUCUUUCUGGCCUAUGAGGACCCCUUGGGUAAGGGACUCACACUUGUAUCCCUGGGAUUCUCUGCACUCACAGUUCUUAUUAUUGGCAUCUUUGUAAAGCACAGAGACACUCCAAUAGUCAAGGCCAAUAACAGGUCACUCAGUUACACCCUGCUCAUCACUCUAACCUUCUGCUUCCUCUGUCCCUUGCUCUACAUUGGCCUUCCAAACACUGCUACAUGUAUUCUGCAGCACAACUUAUUUGGACUUCUGUUUACUGUGGCUCUAUCCACUGUGCUGGCCAAAACCAUCACUGUAGUUUUAGCCUUCAAGAUUACUGCUCCAGGGAGAAAGACAAGAUGGUUGCUGAUAUCAAAAGUCCCUAAUUUCAUCAUUCCAGUUUGCACCCUGAUACAAGUACUUCUCUCUGGUAUAUGGCUGGUAACAGCACCUCCAUUUAUUGACAUGGAUGCUCAUUCUGAACAUGGACACAUAAUUGUUCAAUGUAACAAGGGCUCAGCUGUUGCCUUCUACUGCACCUUGGCCUACCUUGGAGUCAUGGCCUUUGGUAGUUACCUUAUGGCUUUUUUGUCUAGGAAUCUACCUGACACAUUUAAUGAAGCCAAAUUCCUGGCUUUCAGCAUGCUGGUGUUCUGCACUGUCUGGGUCACAUUCCUCCCAGUCUACCACAGCACCACUGGGAAGGUCAUGGUGGCUAUGGAAGUCUUCUCUAUCUUGGCUUCCAGUGCUGGAAUUCUAAGCUUAAUCUUUGCUCCUAAGUGCUAUAUUAUUUGGUUCAAGUCACAUAGGAACACUGUUCAUCACAUCAGGGACAAAAGUCAUAAGAGCAAACUUUACUUAAAAUAUAGUUCACGUGAUUCUACAAACUAA